AUGGAUUCUCAAAGUUUGUUCGAUGUUAAGGGCAAAGUGGUGCUGGUCACCGGCGGAGCCAAAGGUAUCGGUCGCAUGAUCUCAGAGGGUUACGUUACCAACGGUGCCACGGUCUACAUCUCAUCUCGCGAUGCAAAGGCCUGCGAUAAAGCUGUCAACGAGCUCAAUGCUCUUGGCAAGGGCAAAGCCCACGCCAUUCCUGCCGACUUCUACAAGUAUGACGAUGUGAAGAAGCUGGCGGAGGAGCUGGGCAAGCGCGAGAGCAAGCUUCAUGUCCUUGUUAACAACUCCGGUUCGAAUUGGGGUGCCCCCUACGACGAGUACCCCAGCGAGGCCUUUACCCGCGUCCUGACACUCAACCUGCACCGCGUCUUCGAUCUCACACAGCUGGUGACUCCUUUGCUAGAAAAGGCGUCUGCUCCGAAUGACCCCGCGCGCAUUAUCAACAUCGGCAGCAUCGACGGUCUGCGAGUGCCCUCCCUCGAGACUUUCGCCUACAGUUCUAGCAAGGCCGGGUUGCACCACCUCAGCCGCACGCUGGCGAACCACCUGGGCAAGCGAAACAUUACCUCCAACACCCUGGCCUGUGGCCCCUUCGAGAGUAAGAUGAUGGCCGCCACCCUCAAGUCAUUUGGCGAGGCCAUCAAGUCUGGCGUCCCUCUGGGCCGCAUCGGAACUCCUCAAGAUGUGGCUGGUGCUUGCUUGUUCCUGAGUAGCCGUGCGGGCGCAUUCGUGAAUGGCGCCACCAUCACGGUGGACGGCGGCAGUGCCAUCUCCGCCAAGAUCUAG